UUGGGGCCCGGCCGUCGCGGGCAGGGGCCACCGUGGGCCUGAGACGAGAGCCCCGCGGCGUCCGGCCCUCCCUCCGCGCGGAGCCAAGCCUGCACUACCACAGUCUCGCCCUACCAGGCCCUUCACCCAAGAAAUGCAAUUAUAUGUUCUGUUCUGCUACAUUUUUUCAAUUUAAUAUUUCUUGGAUUUUUUCCAUGUUUCUGUGGAUCGCUGCUGAAGUUCUGUCUGAAAAUUGUGCUGAAGUGAAUUUUCUGUUAGAAGAACUUGCUUGCUACUGUCCUGUCAAGAUGAUUGCAACACCUGUGAAACAUCCAAGAAUUUACUUACCUUCAGAGACAUCGUCUCAAAGGAAAGAUCUACCCAUGGAUGCAAUCUUUUUUGACAGCAUACCUUCAGGCACACUUACUCCUGUAAAAGAUUUGGUGAAAUAUCAGAACUCCUCUUUAAAGUUGAAUGACCAUAAAAAGAAUCAGUUCCUAGAAAUGACAACUUUUAACAAUAAAAAUAUAUUUCAAUCAACCAUGCUGGCAGAGGCUGCCAUCUCUAACAGUUCUCUUGAUAUCAGUGUUAUAAAGCCCAACAAGGAUGGAUUAAAAAAUAAAGCAAACUAUGAAUCACCAGGAAAAAUAUUUCAAAGAAUGAAAGAAAAAGUACUGCGUGACAAGCAAGAACAGCCAUCAAGAAACAAUAGUUUGUUGGAACCACAGAAAAGUGGAAGUAGUGAAACCUUCACUCCUAACAGAGUUGGCAAAAAUCUACUGCAGCAUACCUACCUCUGUGAAGAAAAGGAAAACAACAAAUUAUUCCAGUCAGAUAACAGUUCACUAAGAGACAAAACCUUAACCUCAGUCCAAGAAGUUUCUCUAGAAUCAUCAAAUAAUGAUACUUUCCUCCUGGUCCAACAAAAGAUUCAGUGCCAGCAGGAAAAGAAAGUACCACUGCACAAUUUAACUUACGAACUUCCAACUCUGAAUCAAGAACAGGAAAAUUUUUUGGCUGCAGAAGCCCCAAACAAGGCAUUAACUAGAGCUCAGUUGGCUAAACAAAUUCUUCACUCAAAGGAAAAUACAGUUGCAACCACUGGGUCUAAAAAGGACACAUUUGUUUUAGAAGGCAUAGAUUCUGCUGAUGAAAAGUUUCAAAAUACUAACGCUGAGACUCUCAAUACUAAUUGUGUUCCUAUUGGCAGUCUGUUAACGGUUUCUGAGAGUGAGAGGAGGACAGAAGGCACUUCGCAACAGGAAGUUAAGGAAGGAGAUGAAAAAGCAGUGCCUGGGGUCACUGGUCUACCAGGUUCCACGAAAGAUACAUGUAAAAUUGUACUUGCAACACCAAGACUUCAUAUAACAAUACCUCGGAGGUCAAAAAGAAAUGUUUCAAAGCUUUCUCCAAGAAUAUUUCAAACUAUAACAAAUGAAGUUAAAAAAAAUCAGGUAGUUCAACUACAGGAAUGGAUGAUUAAAAGCAUCAAUAAUAAUACUGCUAUAUGUGUGGAAGGAAAAUUGAUAGAUAUCACUAAUAUAUACUGGCACAGUAAUGUAAUUAUAGAGCGGAUUGAGCACAACAAACUUAGGACUUUAUCAGGCAACAUUUAUAUAUUAAAAGGCAUGAUAGACCGAUUUUCCAUGAAAGAAGCAGGGUAUCCAAACUAUCUCAUAAGGAAAUUUAUGUUUGGAUUUCCAGAAAAUUGGAAAGAGCACAUUGAUAAUUUUCUAGAACAAUUAAGGGCUGGUGAAAAGAACAGGGAAAAGGCCAGAAAAAAACAGAAAACUCGAAGAUCUGUCCCUGACAUAAGAAAAUCAAUGAAAAAUGGUGCACAAGAAAACCAAAGAGAUACCAUUCAAAGAGCCACCACCACUUACAGUCUUGAUUAUGAUAACUCAGAACUAAAGAAUAAUAAGCACAGUGAGUUGCCAGGGGCUACAGAAUUAAAUAUGUGCCACAGUAAUUGCCAAAGUAAGCCAUCAUUAAGGUUCCCAGAUGACCAAAUAAAUAAUACCAUUCAAAAUGAAAGAGGAUAUGACUUAUCUAAUCAGGAAUUAAUUGGAAAAAAAGAAUAUAAAAUGUCUUCAAAGAAACUAAAAAAUGGUGAAAGAACAAAUGAAAAGUUAAUAAAAAGUCAGAAGCAAGAGACAACUGAAGAAUCGGAUAUAUCCAUUGACAUUCUAACCUCAAGGGAACAGUUUGUCCCAGAUGAAGAAAGAAAAUACAUCACCAUCAAUCAGAGAAAAGCUUGUAUUUUAGUAACACCACUUAAAUCUAGAAAAGUGAUAGAGCAAAGAUGCAUGAGAUAUAAUCUGUCCUCUGACACCAUUAAAGCAGUAACAGAUUUUGUAACGCCAGAGCAUCAAAAAGAAAGUCCUGUCAACAAGUCCAUGGGGACUUCAGAAAAUACAUUUGAAGAUUGUAAAAGUAAAAACAAGGAAGAUUGCAAUGAACGUGAUUUACUUAGUGUCAGCAAGAAAAUAAAAAUAUCUAACCUUGAAAAGGAACAAAUGCUCACCUCUGACUCUAAGAAAAAUGCCAAGUUGUUACCAAAAUUAAAGAAAAUAGAAAAUCAGGUAGCUAUGUCAUUUUAUAAGCAUCAGUCCUCACCAGAUUUAUCAAGUGAAGAAAGUGAAACAGAAAAGGAAAUUAAAAGGAAAGCUGGAGUUGUUAAGAAAACCAAAGCAAGAAAUACCAAAGAACUGGUGGUUCACCUGAGAAAGAGCACAAGAAAUACCACAAGUAAUAUUCCAAUGAUUUCAGAACCUGCAACUGAAGAAAAUGAAAAUGAAUUUUAUGUCAAACAAAAGAAAGCUAGACCUGUUGUCAAAGAAACUCUUCAGAAGUCUUGUGUUAGGAAAGAGUUUCCAAUUACUGAGGCAAUAGGAGCUGAGAAGUCAAAUAUGCAUUCCUUAGAAUGUUUACCUGGUUUAAUUCAGGAUAAGGAAUGGAAUGAGGAGGAGUUACAGAAGCUUCAUUGUGCGUUUGCAUCUCUUCCAAAGCACAAACCUGGUUUCUGGUCAAAUGUAGCUGCAGCUGUCGGUUCUCGAUCUGCUGAAGAAUGCCAGAGGAAAUACAUGGAAAAUCCCAGAGGAAAACGAUCCCAGAAACAUGUCACUAAGAAAAAGCCAGCCAAUUCCAAAGACCAAAAUGGCAAGAGAGGUGAUGCUGAUCAGAAACAAACUAUUAAGAUAACUGCCAAAGUGGGAACUCUUAAAAGGAAGCAACAGAUGAGGGAUUUUCUGGAACAGUUGCCAAAAGAUGACCAUGAUGAUUUUUUCAGUACAGCACCUUUACAACAUCAAAGAAUACUGUUGCCAAGUUUCCAGGACAGUGAAGAUGAUGAUGAUAUUCUACCAAAUAUGGACAAAAAUCCAGCAACGCCAUCAUCUGUUGUCUUUCCAUUGGCAAAAACUCCUCAGUGUCAGCACGUCAGUCCUGGAAUGCUAGCUUCCAUAAAUAGGAAUGACUGUGAUAAAUAUGUUUUUCGUAUGCAAAAAUUUCAUAAAGGUAAUGGUGGUGUUGUCUGGGGCAACAUCAAGAAAAAAUUAGUUGAAACUGAUUUCUCAGCUCCAACAUCAAGAAAGAAAACACCAUUUAACCCAGAUUUAGGAGAAAACUCCGGUAUUGGAAAACUUUUCACUAAUGCUAUGGAAUCUUUAGAUGAAGAAGAGAAAGAUUAUUAUUUUUCAAACUCUGAUUCUGCAGAAUAAAUGAGAAAAUAUGAUUCCUGGGGGUUUUACCAUGAAGCAGACAGUGUAUUUGUAUUUUCAAUUGAAGUACAUGUAUUUUCUUUGUAAAGAAAGUAGCUUAUGAAAAUGUGGACCUUUGCUGGGCACAGUGGCUCACGCCUAUAAUCCCAGCACUUUGGGAGGCCGAGGCGGGUGGAUCACGAAGUCAAGAGAUCGAGACCAUCCUGGUCAAUGAGGUCUAAAAAUACAAAAAUUAGCUGGACAUGGUGGUGCGUGCCUAUAAUCCCAGCUACUCGGGAGGGUAAGGCAGGAUAAUUGCUUGAACCCAGAAGGCGGAGGUUGCGGUGAGCCAAGAUCGUGCCAUUGCAUUCCAGCCUGGGUAACAGCAAAACUCCGUCUCAAAAAAAAGAAAAGAAAAGAAAAUGUGGACUUUUUUGAAGGUCUCGUUGUGUGUUUGUAUUCAAAGUAAAAUAUCCUCAUUGCUGCAGCUUACUAAAAAUUUAAAGAAAAUUGCUUUUGAUUGUGUAGAUAUCUGCAAAUUUCUGUUUUUGUACAUUAAAAUAUAUAUAGAUACUUUUUAAAUGAGAAUCAGUCUGUUUACUUUAAGAAAAUCGUUUCCCAUUUUUUCUUUUAAUUUCAAGAAAAUUUUGCUACCAUUUAAGUAAGGGAAGGUGAAAGGAUAACAGAGGUUGUAUUGGCAGCUACUGAAUUCAUGAAAACUUUUAAGUUAGCAUUUGUUACCAGUUCAUAUCCAAGCCAGAGUAGGAUUUGUUACCAGUUGUUGUCCAAGCCUGAUGUUUAAAUUACACAUUGUUGAAACUGACAUGCUUGUCUCCUGAUUUUUUUUAACUUGUGAUUGGUAUGUCUAUGAAACCUAUGUAAAUUUAGUUUAUUACUUUGCCAUUAUUUUACUAGGUAAAAUUAGAGAACAAAAUGGCUCCUUUAUUUACAUAUGCAGAUACAGCUUAAAUAUUUUGACUAGAUUAUACAUUCAGUUAAUAGGUUCACCAUUAGGAGUCAAAUUAAUAUGUGAAAUUUCUUUUAGAAAUAAAUUUUCAUUUGUUAGGAAACUUGACAUAGGAGAUUUUCCCUCUGACUACAUAUUCACCUACAACUUGUUCUCUAGUUGGACUGUUCAAAUAAAAUUAGUUUCCUUUUAUGGUA